UCUCAAUACAUCCACAACCGAAGGAAAAACAGUCAUCAUGGGUAGCAAGGAUGGGAGCAAGAAGGGGAUUGUUAUCCUCGGCGUCUCUUCCUUGCUCUUGGUGGCGAUGGUGAUUGCGGUGACCGUAGGUGUCUCCAAUAGCGGUGGUGAUGAUGACGAAUCGAGUAAGAAUUUCAACCACCAAGAUAUCACUGCCUCGGCCAAGGCAGUUCAAUCCAUCUGCCAACCGACGGAAUACAAGGAAGCUUGCGAGAAAAGCUUGUCGGGAGCCAACACCACCGAUGGUAAGGAGUUGGUUCAAAUAGCUUUCCAGGCUGCUAAGAAGAUGAUCAUGGAAGCCUCAGAAAACUCAACUCUCCUCAAUGAUUUGAAAAAUGAUCCCCGGACCAAACAGGCACUUGAUAAUUGUAAGGAAUUGGCUGAUACUGCGGCCAUGGAUCUUCAGAGAUCGUUUGACCAUAUGUCUAACGUGGACGAGGGAAAUUUCGACACCAUCAUUUCCAAUUUGAAGAUCUGGCUUAGCGGGGCCUUGACAUACCAACAAACCUGUCUCGAUGGGUUCGAAGGCACAAAUGGAGAUGCUGGAGAGAAAAUGCAGCAAUUUCUUAAAAUAGGCAUGCAAUUGACUAGCAAUGGUUUGUCUAUGAUGGACGAGAUUGCUAAAGCUCUUGCUUCUCUCAACCUUCAAGGGGUCAGCCGACGGUUGCUCUCUGAUGAGGACUUCAUAGUUGGUCACGGAGAUAUUCCAUACUGGGUAGAAGCAGGGGGGCGAAGACUUCUCCAAACGACGGUGGACCAACUCAAACCAAACUUGGUCGUGGCCAAGGAUGGGAGCGGAGAUUUCACAAACAUUAGCGACGCCUUGAAGACAAUUCCUCGCAACGGUGUCACCCCGUUUGUGUUGUACAUCAAGGAAGGAAUCUACCAUGAGAGAGUUCAGUUUGACAGAAACUUGACUCAUUUGGUGGUGUUUGGAGAUGGCCCCAAAAAGACCAGGAUCACCGGAAGCCUUAACUGGGUCGACGGGGUGUCUACUUUCAACACAGCAUCCGCAGUUGUGUUGGGAGAUUAUUUCAUUGCGAAAGACAUAGGAUUCGAGAACUCCGCCGGUGCUGAGAAGCAUCAGGCUGUGGCGUUGCGAGUUGGCUCUGACAUGUCAAUCUUCUAUAACUGCAUUAUGGACGGUUACCAGGACACCUUAUAUUCACAUACAUACAGACAAUACUAUCGCGAUUGUGAGAUCAGCGGAACCAUAGAUUUCAUCUUCGGGGACAGUGCUUCCAUGUUUCAAAACUGUACAAUGAAAGUCCGAAUGCCAUUGUCGUACCAGGCCAACAUCGUGACAGCUCAGGGACGUAAGGAGCCGCGUCAGCCUACAGGCAUUGUUCUUCAGGAUUGCAAGAUUGUGGCGGAUGCAGUAUACUACCCAGAGAGAAUGAAAAUCAAGUCGUACCUGGCAAGACCCUGGAAGGAAUAUUCCAGGACUGUGAUAAUGGAAAGUUUCAUCGAUGACCUGAUAAGCAGCGACGGUUACUUGCCCUGGAACGGGACAUAUGCAUUGGAAACUUGUUACUAUGUAGAGUACAACAACAGGGGACCCGGGUCGUCGAAGGCUAACAGAGUCGUGUGGCCUGGUAUUAAGGAAGUGACUAAGAAGAGAAUACAGCACUUCACUGCUUCGUCAUUCCUUGAUGCAUCAUCUUGGCUAGCUAAAACAGGGAUCCCUUACUAUCCAAACCUUGUAUUCACCGCGCCAUCAGACACGGUUAACGCUAAAGAUGACGACGAAGAGCCUUUGCCAACCGAGACCAACAGUGCUGCAAAGAACAGUUACGAGAGCUCGGUUAAGGAUCCAGGUGGUAUGUCAAGUGCAGCCAACGUAAUUUCCGACCCUACUAGCCAAAUAGGCCCCAUAGCUGCUCCUGUAUCUGCCCCUGCAUCUGCCCCUGUUGCUUCCACCAAACCAAAAAGCGUACCACUAACACAUCCUCUUAAACCAGCAGCAGUUCUACCGCCAGCCCAAUCUCCAAAACCGGCUGCCACCACGGCAAAAGAGCCAUUUCCACGCAGAAAAGGGCACCAUCCUGGUCGCCAAUCUCGUCGUGGUGGGGGUCGUCAACAAAGUGGGAGUGGUAGUACUAAUAGCUCAGAUAACACAAGGAAAGCAUUACUUGAACUAUUUCCUUUUUGGAACAAAAAUUGA